AUGACAAAUAUUACACGAACUAAAUGGUCAAUAUCAAGAGAUUCAUUAGAAAACUAUGAAGUUAGUAUUAAACACAUUAAUCUUUUAAGUGCGAACUUCAUUUUGUCUGCCUUUUUAGUUCGGAAACAGAUAUAUAGUGUAUUAGCUUUCAAAAUCUCAAUCGAGAACAUUUCAUACAAAAUAUACGAACUAAUAGCUACAAUCAAUCUUUUAAACAGAAAUGGACCGCAGUUUAAUAUACCAAUUCCGAUUAAAAACGUUUUUAACAAAAGUUGCACAGAAAUCUCAUUCGAAACCGACUUAGACUUAGACCAAAUUGAUAUUGAUGGCUUCUUUUCGUUAGGUGAAUUAGCUUUUGAAGUCGUUUUUUCAUGUGUUGAAAGAAUCAACAAGAAAUUGAUCGAUCCGAUAAAUGUUUCGAUUAAUGACAUCAUAAAGAAGAUUUUGAAACCACACAAACUUACAGAUCGUUCAGUUUUGAAUGAACAACAGACAGAUUACUUAAUGGCCGCAACUAAAUCAGUUCUUUUAGAUCAGCCGUCUCUACUUCAUCUAAAAGGCCCAAUAAUUCUUGUCGGAGACUUACAUGGAAAAUAUUUUGACAUGUUAAGAAUUUUCCUCAAAUUUGGAUUUCCUGAUAAGGUUAAUUACUUAUUUAUGGGUGAUUACGUCGAUAGGGGAUCUGAUAGUUUAGAUAUUGUCUAUCUUCUCUUUGCUUUGAAAGUUAGAUUUCCAGAAAAUAUCUUUUUACUUCGCGGAAACCACGAAUGCGAAGAAAUUACAACAGUAAGUGGCUUCAAAGACGAAUGUGACAAGAAACAAGCCCCUUACAAAGGAAUUAUUUCAGUUUUCGAUUGUUUACCUUUAUCCGCUAUUAUUUCGAAUAAGAUAUUCGUUGUUCAUGGUGGGAUAUCACCUCACCUUAAUUCUCUGAGCCAGAUAGAGACAAUCCAGCGACCAAUUAUCUUUGAUACAGAUCAUCCAGUAAAUGAUAUGCUCUGGUCAGAUCCGAACACGAAUAUUGAACACUACGGAAUGUCAGAGCGUGGUCCAUUUUCGAUUUAUGGCCAAGCAGCAGCUCUUCAGUUCUUAAAAAGAUUUAAUUUCGAAUUACUCGUUAGAGCUCACGAAGUUACUGCAAAUGGCUUUGCAUUUCCAUUUGGUGUUGAUGUACCUGUUGUUACACUUUAUUCUUCAACGGAUUCACACAAUGGAAAUAGAGGAGCUGUAAUGUUGAUCAGCGAAAGGCUCCGUUACACAUUUGACGUGUUUAAGGGAUUAGAUGUUCCGGGAGAAGCUCAGUUAGAGAAAAAGGACUUUUCCGGACUUAUUUCAAUUUGA